CCUGACCAACGCGUCAAAUGGCGCCGCGACUCUGCAUUGCACGACGGCUCCACCGCCGGUGUGGACUUAACGGGAGGUUACUACGACGCCGGAGACAACGUGAAGUUCGGGUUCCCAAUGGCAUUCACGACGACUUUAUUAGCUUGGAGUAUCAUAGAUUUCGGGAGGAACAUGGGGCCGGAGUUAAAGAACACCGUUAAAGCAGUGAAAUGGUCGACGGAUUAUCUGUUGAAAGCAACGGAAAAGCCUGGAGUGGUGUAUGUACAAGUGGGAGACGCCUAUUCUGAUCAUAGCUGCUGGGAAAGGCCAGAGGACAUGGAUACUUUACGUACGGUGUACAAAAUCGAUAAUGAGCAUCCUGGUUCGGACGUCGCAGGCGAAACCACCGCCGCAUUGGCUGCUGCUUCCAUUGUGUUCAGGAAACGAGACCCUGCAUACUCGAGGUUGCUUCUCAAUCGAGCCAUUAGGGUGUUCAACUUUGCUGACAAGCACCGAGGUGUAUAUAGUAUCAGGCUGCACUCUGCAGUCUGUCCUUUUUACUGCGAUGUCAAUGGUUACCAGGACGAGUUGCUUUGGGGAGCCGCUUGGCUGCACAAGGCCUCAAGGAAGCGCGUAUAUAGAGAGUACAUAGUGAAAAACGAGGUUGUCUUGAGAGCUGGAGAUACCAUCAAUGAGUUUGGUUGGGAUAACAAGCAUGCUGGGAUUAACGUCCUCAUUUCCAAGGAAGUGCUGAUGGGAAAAGCUGACUAUUUCGAGUCUUUCAAGCAAAAUGCUGAUGGCUUUAUUUGUUCUUUACUGCCUGGAAUUUCCCAUCCCCAGGUUCAGUACUCUCCCGGUGGACUGAUGUUCAAAGCUGGAGGGAGUAACAUGCAGCAUGUAACGUCGUUGUCUUUCCUUCUUUUAGCCUAUUCAAAUUACCUAAGCCAUGCUAACAAGAUAGUUCCAUGUGGUGAAACAUCAGCCUCCCCUGCCCUUCUCAAACACUUGGCCAAACGCCAGGUAGACUACAUUCUGGGGGAUAAUCCUUUAGGGAUGUCCUACAUGGUUGGGUAUGGUGCACGAUUUCCUCGGAGGAUUCAUCACAGGGGCAGCUCACUGCCAUCGGUCACGGCCCACCCGGCUCGCAUCGGUUGCAAAGCGGGGACUCGGUAUUAUUUAAGCCCAAACCCCAACCCCAAUAUACUAGUGGGAGCAGUAGUGGGUGGGCCUAAUGUUUAGGAUGCCUUUCCAGAUUCAAGGCCUUAUUUUCAAGAGUCGGAGCCCACAACCUACAUCAAUGCGCCACUUGUUGGUCUCCUAGCAUUCUUUUCAGCCCACCCUUGA